UUUUCGACUAUAUUAGCUACUGGCGCAUCUGCAUCAACAAUACUAUAUUAUAACUACACUCCAAUCGAAUGUCAACAAGAUCGUAUGCGAGAUAAGAUGUCAAUUUAUGUAAAAGACCUCCAAUCGAGGAUAGUUGAGGGUAUAACGAAACUAGACGAUAGUAAAACACCUUUUAGAGUUGAUAAGUGGCAAAGGAAAGAAGGUGGUGAAGGUAUUAGUUGUGUUUUACAAAAUGGUAAUCACAUAGAAAAAGCAGGCGUUGGCGUCUCGAUUGUACACGGUAAUUUACCACCUGCAGGUAUUUUACAAAUGAGAGCUAAUCAUAAAGGUAUUCCCUAUGAUCCAGAUAGUAAUGCAUCUUUACCAUUCAGUGCUGUUGGUUUAUCAUUGAUUAUACACCCAAGGAAUCCAUUUUGUCCAACAGUACACGCAAAUUACCGUUAUUUCGAAUUAUACGCAAAGAAUUCUGAUCCAUCGGAUAGCUCAACUCAGCCUAUCUUCUCCUGGUUUGGCGGUGGUAGUGAUCUCACACCUAUAUAUCUCAACCAAGAUGAUGCUAAACAUUUUCACUCGGUCAUCAAGCACGCUUGUGAUAAACAUGAUAGUACAUUCUACCAAGACUUUAAGCAGUGGGCUGAUAAAUACUUCUAUAUACCACAUCGUAAAGAGUGUAGAGGUGUUGGUGGUAUAUUCUUCGAUGAUCUUACACCUGGCUCUGAGCUUGCUAGACGAAAGUCACCGGAAGAGUUAUUUGGAUUUAUACGAGAAUGUGGUGACUCAUUCCUCAACUCUUAUGUACCAAUUGUUGAAAAAAGGAAAGAGAUACCAUACACUGAACAACACAAACGCUGGCAGGAGCUGCGUAGAGGAAGAUACGUUGAGUUUAACUUGGUACACGAUCGUGGAACGAAGUUUGGUUUAAAUGCAGGAGGAGCUCGUAUAGAGAGUAUACUUAUGAGUUUACCAUCAACUGCUCGUUGGGAGUACAUGACAGAUGUCGGUACACUCGAAAAUACGCCUGAGGGAGAAUUUCAACGCAUACUUCAAAAUCCAGUCGACUGGGUUUAGAGUAUCUAAAAU